AUGAACACUUCCAUCCGUAACGAGUUGUUUAGAUCAGGCCCGAAAGUGGGAGAGAAUCGGACGAAGAACGCGCUGCUCCUCACCGCCACCAGCACCACCGAAGCUCAGGAAGGCGACAACAACGCCAAAGCGCUCAAGAGAACUUUAUCAGCACAACGCGAGUCCGAAUAUACCAACGCCAAAGAGUUCCCCAGAAACGACAUGUCAGAGUUUAGACGAGCCUGCGAAAAGGUCAAGCAAUUCAUGCUCGGCGACAAUGAACUCAAGACCAUCCGAGACAGACUUCUCGAGAACAUGCGCCGCGGACUCGACAGGGAAGGACACAAGAGCGCAAAAGUGAAAAUGUUGCCCUCAUUUGUGACACACUUGCCGGAUGGCCGCGAAUGUGGAACAUUUAUUGCUCUUGAUCUCGGUGGAACCAACUUCCGUGUUUUGCUGAUCGACAUUAACGAGGAGCAGAUUGAUAUGGACUCGCAAAUUUAUCGCGUUCCCCAAGAGUGCAUGACUGGCACGGGCGAGGCUCUCUUCGACCACAUCGCCAAGUGCAUGUCCGAUUUCAUCAAUCGAAUGGGAUUCGCCGACAGAAACAUCGCGUGUGGCUUCACAUUCAGCUUCCCUUGCGAACAAUAUGCAAUCAACUCGGCCUCCUUGAUUACGUGGACGAAGGGCUUCAGCGCUUCCGACGUCGAGGGAAAGGAUGUCGUCACUUUGCUCACUGAAGCAGUGGCGAGACGAGGCGACAUCACCGUCGAAAUUGUCGCUGUCGUCAACGAUACCGUGGGAACACUCAUGUCCUGCGCCUUCGAAGAUCACGCCUGCCAAAUUGGAUUGAUUGCCGGCACUGGAUCAAACGCCUGUUACAUGGAAAAGCAAUCUAACAUUACCAAACUCGAUGAGCUGCAAGACAUCGACGGAAAAAUGUGCAUCAACAUGGAGUGGGGAGCUUUUGGCGACGACGGCGCUCUGGAUGAAUGGACAACAGAAUACGACAGAGUUCUGGAUGCGAACUCUGUUCAUCCAACCAAGCAGCGCUUUGAAAAAAUGAUGGCCGGCAUGUAUAUUGGCGAAAUUGUGCGAUUGAUUCUUCUCGAUAUGUGCAAGGAAGGAAUCGUUUUCACCGAAGACGCAUUGGAAAUUCUCGAGACUCCAGAAUCGUUCGGAACUCACAUGGUUUCUCAAAUCGUGGAUAAUCAGCCCCGACAUUUCGCCGCGGUUCAAAACAUUCUUGCUUGCGCUGACAUCGGUGCCAUCCGACGCGACUGUGAAAUCGUCCAUAUGGUAUGCGACGCUGUUUCCCGCCGCGCUGCUUACAUGUGUGCUGCCGGAAUUUCAGCUAUUGCCAUCAAAAUUCACCAAAAUCGGCCAGAUGAGUAUCUAGACAUUACUUGUGGCGUUGACGGCAGUGUUUACAAGAAGCAUCCGACCUUCGCCAAGUUAUUAAAGGUGAAAACUAAUGAGUUAGUUGGCUUGGGAAUCUUCGUCAAUUUCCGACUAUCACACGAUGGCUCGGGCAAAGGCGCUGCGCUCGUCUCAGCUGUAUCGACUCGCUAA